AUAUGAAAUGUAUGCCAAAGUUUCACUGACGCUGCAUGCGUGAAUAGCCUACUUGAAUUGUGAAAUGUGUAACCUAACGCCGCAACUAUGAUUCUCGUUUGAAGGGUCUGGCUUACCAUUUCCUGGUAGCCUAGUUCUUAGGUCAGCGCUGAUAUUUUGUUUUAGCUUGAAAUCAUGCAGGCUAGGCGGAAACCUGUUUGUGGCAUGUUACGGGUGUAUCAUCCUUUAAAUAAAGUCAGAUAACUUCUGGAAGAAUUGAUCCAGCCGAGUGCGCUCGCCGAAAUGCCGCGUCGACACGCUUUGAUCGCGUGCGCUCGUUUUACAGAAUAGAAUUGUCAGACUGAAAGCCGGUUUUAGACACGUUGGCUACUCAUGCCAGUCUAAAAGGACAGUCGUCCAGGAGUCGAGUGACAGACACACCGACGCUCGUCGAGAUUGGUUGAGCUUCCUGCUGCGCUCACGGCAGAAGGCUAUACGUGGUCGGCGCCACAUAAGCAGGUCGGGUGGAAAGCGCACCAACAAAAGGCAGGGGUUUUGCUCCAAGCCCAAAGUUCAGUGUGUCAGACCAGUCUGUGAUGAGCAGUAGACUCCAACAGCAAAACUGUCGUGUAUGCGGUGGUGAUCUGCAGGGUAACCAAAGACGAUGGCUGUACGGCGGUCAAAAACACCAGAGAGGAAGCUCGUCUUCUCACGCAACGCCAGAUGCCUCCACCAGGGGGAGUCGGCCUGGAUCCGCACUCAGCAGCCCUUGGGGCAGCACUUUGUCUCUGGGCUCCUUGAGCUCUUCUCAAAUGUUGCCUUCCCCGGCGGCCAAGGCCACGGACCUCCUGUCCAUCCUCACGCACAUCACCGGCCAGCCCGUGUCGAGAGGCAGCGGACAGAGGGAGUUCCUGUGUGGCAAAUGUGCCUCCUUGCUCGAGCGCGUCUUCAAGUUUGACACUGUCAUCAAUCGAGUCAAACUGCUGUCGUCCGAGCGUCUCCAAAAACUCAAGCAAGAAAGGGACAAGAUCAGGCAGUGGGUCCGCAACGCUUACCAGCAUACACAGCCCAAACACAGUGAUGACCCUCAGGGGAAGGAGACUUGUGGUGGAGUUGAUGGGAAGGAGGACUACAGGUCCUUGCUCAGAGAUAACCUGGCCUUAUCAGAGUACGAGUGUUGGUCAGAGAAGUCGGACAGCUGUUGUCCUUACUUUCAGCGAACCGGUAAACAGUGCAAGAGGGGGAAGAACUGCCAGGUCUGCCAUUCUCUCAGAGUGUCCGACUCCGACUACGAGUCCGUCUGUGGCAUUCCUCGUAACCUCCCCUUUCAGCCCUUCUCCCCACUGGCUCUCUCUCGAGACAAGUCUCAGAGCAUGCCACUGCACUGGUCUAGAGAGCCAUCGGUCAGCUGUAGUCCCACGUCAGGGUCGUGCCUGUCCCUGCGCUACCAGUCUGUGCAGUCGCUGGACUCUCUUGACGAUGGGAGUGAUGAUCUGUCGGACUGGCGAGAAACUCCGACUUCCAACAAUGUACACAUGGAUGCAAUUCUUCGAGAGCUGAAGUGUAUCCCAUGGAAACCGAUUAACUCUCCAGUGGGGAGCCGCAUCCCCGUCCUGGGGAGAGGCAGCGAGGGCACAGCAGGGGAGCCAUCAUCGGGACUCGGCGCCGUCGGCGACACGGAGCUGGUGAGGAAGCUGGACUUUGGAGAACAAAGUCAGGGAGAUGCGGAGGGAAGGAGCUGCGAAAGCACACUUGCAUCACUUGAGGAACUACAAGAUGAGUUCCUGCCUUUACACAAGGUCAGACCUCAUCAACUGGGUGCAGUUAUCAAGCAUCUGCAAGAACAGCUGAAUGAAACUCAGGUCCACAUAAAGACGUCUGAUCCACAUUUGCGCAAUCAGUCAAAAUCAUCAGUGAAAACCACAGUGAAAAACAGAACCUCAGGGGUUGACGUUAGUGAUGAAAAUGCCUCCAUACAGAAACUAAGCCAUAUGUUACACACAAGUGUGAAUCUUAUUCAGGAAUGCGUUGGCUUAAAAGAUUCACAUGGAGAGAGUGGACCUGAAAUUGAGAAUGCAGCUUCAUUAACCACUAAUAUCAGCGAAGCUGUUGAGAACAUUCAGGAAGUGAUUAAAUCCUUGUCUGACCUUACGGAGAGAGAACAGGAUAUGGAACGAGAAAUCACCGUUCUCAAGCGGGAGAAGAGAGAGAGGGAGGCGGACCUUGCUGUGUUAACUGCCAUACUACAGAGCAACCAAGACAUCAUCAAUGACAUGCGUAUGGAGAUGGUCCAGGAGAGGGAUCUUCAGCAGGAGCGCCGCAUGGAGUCUGCCAUGAGCCGUCUGAGAGAUCAGAUCGUUUGGGCCGGGCUGCAACACAAGGAGGCGCUGGGCCUGUGCCACAAGGACGCCACCAAGGAUUCAACUUCACAUAGAAGCCUCUCAAAUGACACAAGGAAGGGGAAGGAAGAGAAGAUCGAGGGCAACAUAAAAGAAUGAGCUGUUUAUCAAUGGGAGGAGUGGUAAAGAGGAGUAUAACCUGGGCUCUGAAGAGCAGAUGUCUCCCAAAGAGGGGUAGGCCUAAACAAAUUAUAUCUAAAGCUGCUUUCAGGCAAAUCAAAAUGUUGCCAAGUCUGGUUCCCAUGCCAACAUACUUAGCUGUGAAUUGCACUAGCCAAUUUGGCUUGUAGAUGUUAAAUCUUACUGAAACUUUGAAUGCUUCUGCGGUCCCUUCAAAGUGUUGUCCUCCUUUGUGACAUGCAUCUUUUAUAAAGUAUUAUCACACAAAAAAUUGUAAAAAUCUGUCCACGUGUUCAAAAGGUAUGGCACAAAUAAAGCAUCUUUGACAUCUUUGAAUGUGUGCACAUACCGCUGGACAACAAGAGAACGGUAUGCCGCCUGCACCUUCGUACAGAGGCAUUAUAAAAUGAGAACGGGUAGAACUUAACGCCAAAACAUCAAUUCUGAUAACUCUGCAGUGCCUAUUGAAAGUGUUGACCUCCAAAACGUUUCUAGAAGAUAUUUUUUGGGCUUUUUGCGCCUUUAUUUGGACAGGAACAUGAGAGAUUGGGACAGGGAGAGAGAGGGGAAGGAUCAUGAAAUUACCUCAGCUCGGACUCAAACCCAGACAGUUUCCCGGAUACAGUGGUAACAGUGGUAUGGUACCAUAGCCCACUGAGUCACUCAACCCCCCCAUCCCCCUCGCCUUCCAAAAGUUAAUAAGGUCAUGUAGCUUGUAUGGUACAGAGUAGGUAAUAUAACAAGUUAUUGUGAAAAAAAAUCUGUUGGGCACACUCAGGCACGUACUGUAUAUUUGUAUGAUUGUAGAAAAGAACACCCUCAGGUGGAGGCAUAAGGAUGUAUGGAAUGCAACCAUUUGAACCUGUCCCAGGUCACAGUUGCACUAUGUGAUUCAUAUGUAAUGCACAUUUUGCCCCCUUAAUGAUAUCAGUUUUUCUUUUGUUGAGUUUUUAAGCAGCAACUAUAGGCCCCACAGUAUGGAAAGAGAAGAGAGCAUUUUCAUGCUUACAAUGGUAUGGGAAAUAGGAGUGGGUCUGGACUGUGCAGAGUCCCCUCAUUUGCAGUGGUCCAUGUACCCAGAUGGCAAUGAGAUGGUGCCAUGUGCCCGUUACGUAAAAUGGGGUAAGAGGUUGUGUACCCAGAUAAGAGUAAGGUUUAAGAGGGUACAGUAUGUCACCGAUGCCAGCUAGCAGAGCUUGGCAUAGAAAGCUCCCAAGCUUUCUUCCGAAGCCUCAUACAGACAGUAUGCUACUGACUUCGAAAGAAGCCUGGCUUUUGACUCACUUGGUUGCGCGGCUGCCACCCAUACACCAGACCUUGCUUUGAGGUCCACAAGUUUGAGACUGGGUCUGGACAGCACAGGAUAUGCAUUUUAAUUAGGGGUGGGCAUAGAUUAAUUUUUUUAAUCUAGAUUAAUCUCACUGUAAUUUUGAAAUUAAUCUAGAUUAAUCUAGAUUAAUCUAUAUCAAAAUGGCUCAUUCAGAAAUGGCGCGCUAGCGAAAUAAUGCCGGAAAAAAACCUUUUUUUCUCCAAAAUGCAUCUUAUCUUCAAAAAAUGGUCAUGUUGAUACUUGGUGAUGAAAAAAAACGCACUGCAAUAUGUGCAAAGUGUGUCCAAUAGGAAGCAUUUACAGUUAUAAGAUACUGAAAUUUCAAAAUGAACGGCGCUAUAACUUGUAGAGGCAAAUACAGAUAAAUCUAUCAAACAAUUAGGCUAUUUAAACAAAAUGACCUCAACAAUUCAGCAUUUCUAAUAGAGAGAGAGAGAGAGAGAGAGAGAGAGAGAGAGAGAGAGAGAGAGAGAGAGAGAGAGAGAGAGAGAGAGAGAAUCUGCCACUGACUGUUAAAAAGAGCAGCGGCUCCUUUAAGAGAGGGAGGAGCUCUGCGCACAGUAAGCUCAGCAGCCCUCAGCAGAGGCAGGCUACUGGAUAUGUAGAACCAACAGCACUGGCCCACGGCAAUUUGGCCUAAACCUGACAGUUGUUCUCAGAGUUAGAAUGCCAGAGGAGUUACAACUCGAAAUUCGAAACUCGAAAUUCAGUUUGCAAAAAAAAAAAAUCAAGCGCGACAACCGCGAGGUUUAUUACCGUCUGACAUGAGAAUAUCUCACUGAGUCGCAAAUGCGCGAAUGCAACACAAACAUUCAGCGAGAGUAUAUUGGCAGUUUCAGUUUGACAAUCUUCAAAAUGCAUAUCGCACGGAAUAUUUUGCAAUUAUGGCACAGGCAAGAUUUCUGGAAGUUGUUUAUGUGUUCCAUGCAAUGCGAGAGGAAAUGUAGGCUAUGUCGGGCUGGUAGCUAUG